AUGUCGAUCGCUGUGCCGUCUACUCCGACUCCUCAGACUCCCUUCAUUCCGUCAUCCUCUUCGCCAAGCUUGUACACUGUCACCACACCGCCUGAAUCAGUUCGACGCUAUGCCAAUGCUUUGAAAGCAUUCACACGAGUCGGGAUGAACGCCGCCAUGGCCGAAUUGCGAGAUGACAACAGAGAAGAAGAGAGACAAUUCGACCGACGAUAUGGAUACGAUGAUGAAGAUCCCAUAGAGAGGCAUGUGAGGUUGUACCUUACACCGGAAAAACAAGAGAGAAGCCUGGUGGCGGAAAUUCAAUGUGACGUGGAGGAGGCGCAGGAAGAUGUAGAAAUGAUGGAGGAUAUGGAGGAAGUCGAUGGAGACCAGGAUCGCAGUCGACGGCCAAGUCUACCUGAUGGUCCUGCUGGACUGGCUAGACCUUUUCGACCAGGUCUGAUUCACUUUCAUCGAUCAUCUCGUGGAUCUAUCCCAUCCCUUUCUGCCUCUGCGCCAUCCUUCACUCGAACCGAUUCGUCUGCGUCCACUCCCUUUGGUUAUGACGAUGAUCCAAGGGUACACACUGUUGACACGCCAGGGAGCGUAUGGAGCGAAGCGAGUUUCGAGGCCAUCCGAGCGGACGAUUGGUACAGCUUGUAUGGCAACAGCCAACGAGCAACAAUGACGACAACUCGAGAAGAGAAACGGUAUUCGGGCGAAAGCGAUAUGACGGAAUCCUAUGCUGGCAAUAGGACAACCAUUGGAUCAAUUGACACAGCUACACCAUCAUCGCCUCCAUCUUCCAUCCAUUCUGGACCUUCUAAACGGCCGUCAUUGCUUCGACCACGACCCCGUGCAUUCCCUUACGCUCCUCUUUCAGAGUGCAUACGCGCAAGAGACGUCGACAUGGAUCGAUCAGCGAGCCCGGAGCCAAGACAGCGCAAAGUAUCAGGACCACGCCACGGGGCCGAUGCACUGUCCACGUCAGGGAUGAUGACUCGUUCGAGGCAGAAUUCCGACACCAUCCCAUUAUCCAAACUUGCCACACCGAGUCGAUCACGUCAAAAUUCAGGCAACGCACCCGUUUCUACUAUCCUCGCCAGAUCAAGGCAAGAUUCUGACGAGUUGAAAGUCGCCAGACUCGCGCAGCUAGGUCUGGAAUCACCAUCCACCUUUGAAGACGAUGCCGGAAUGGGCGGACGAACCAUCAGCGAGACGAUGGUUUUCCAAGCUGGUCUAAGGAGUCAAAGGGGUCGGCCGGGUCUUCGGAACGGCAGUUGA